GAAUGACGUUUCUAUCGUUACUUUCGAGCUUUCACUAAACUUCAGUCUUUCAUCAACCCAGAAAAGAUUAACAUCAUCUACAUCAGAGCUCCGGCAAAAUGUCCGCUUUAGUGCCAAUUCUUCUGGGAGCCAUCAUAUUGGCGUCAUCUAAUAACGCAAAAGAAUUUUCGUGUGACGCUGAUCGGAAGGCAUGCGUCUUGCACAAUGUAGUGCUUGACAGUCCGCGCGAUCUGGAUAAUUUGAGUUUACUCGACACGACGGAAUCUAUUAUCAUCGCCUCCGGUCGUAUCCCGUUCUUCACCCGUCAGCUGGCGGAGAAGUUUUCAAACACAGUGGACAUGACAAUAAGUGGUAUAGAAAUUGAAGAGGUCUACGUGAAACCACAGAUGACCCAUCUGGAGGCCGCGAAUAACCAUAUCACUAGACUACAGCUGGAUGACACGAAAUCGUACGAGUUGAUUACGCUCAAUCUCACCAACAAUAAGCUUCGUGAAGUGCACAUCUUGUCCAAAUUUUACAACCUGCGAAUUUUGACGCUAGACGAAAACGAACUCCAGUCAUUGUCGAUGGAUACGUUUGCUGGAAUGUCGGAACUGAGGCUACUUUCGGUGGCCCGAAACAAGAUAACAACGGUCGACACGUCCACUAACUUUCACUUGGUGAAACUGCACACUUUGUCACUAGCAGGUAAUCAGUUAUAUGAACUCGAUAUCAAUAAUUGGGAGUUAGAUUCGUUGUCGAAGUUCGAUUUGAGCAACAAUGAUUUAUAUCUAUUGAACGGGGACUUGAUGAAAUUCAUUAAGCUCAAGCAGGGCAACAUUGCCGGCAACCAUUGGAAGUGUGACUAUUUGUUGGAAAUGCUGCGAUUGUCACAGGUCACUUUCGACGCAGAUGUCGACAAUCGAUGUUCUAACAAGCGGAUGAAGACAGUGCGACAGAUUUGCUGCAACCCAGACGCCACUAGCUUCCUCGGCGAAACGAGUGAUGGGGAGUUCGAUUUGGUAUUCAAAGAAAAGUGGGAUGAGUUGCGUGCGUUAGGCGAAACGGUGCAGACUUUGAACCGCUCGCUACUCGCAACAGACGAACAGAUUAGGGAAGCGGUGACCGAGAGUGAGAUCUCAUUGAGGGAAAAAAUUGAUCAGCUAGAGGAAAAAUGCGAAGAAAAGUGGCAACGAUUCGAAGAGCGGGAAUCUUCGGUGGCCAUCGACGAAACAAACGAAUUGAAGCAGAUAGUUUCGGAUCACAAAGAUAGCAUUCAGGAUCUCACGGAAAAGCAAUCCGAGUUGAAUGAGAAAAUUGCAGAAAUUGAGAGUCGUGUUCAAACGUUGGAAGAUCAAUUCUUUGGGGUAGACAAGUUGAACCAGAAGUUAGAAUCAUUUGAUAGUGCUGUUGAGAGAUGUAAAGUCACUGAGAAGAGUGUAAGACAGCUGGAAGAAAACCAACUACGAUAUAAUAUAUUGGGUGUUGAACUGAAAGAUAAGUUUUUGAAGGAGAGAGCUCGCACCAAUGAACUCAACAGUAAAUUUGACAAAACUUCAGAGUCAUCUGAAACGCUAAAGAACCGAGUCAAUGAUUUAGAAAAAGAUAUGGCCACAAUGAGGAAAAUAAUUCGAGAGCUCGCGUCCUUGGAGUAUUAAUACAAAAUAAAAAAAACACACAGAUUUAAAGUUAAAA